CACUGUUUGGAGCAUGGGCACGGCGUGUCGUCUAAAAACAGAAUCGGAACCCCCCCACCUCACCCGUCACUACAGCACGCCAACACAACUGCUCCUUCUUUGCUCGUCCGCGGGCAACCACAACAACGACAACGGCGGUGUGGGAGUCUUGACAGCGCUUCUGAGUUCCCUAUCCGGCGACAAGACAACGGCAGAAAACAGACCUUGCGUUGUCGCUCGCUCAACCUGACCGCCCGAUAAUUGCACCCUAGAGUAGAUGGAGGACGACGGAUCACCACCCCCACUGCCCACACGGCGAGAGAUUGAACUCGAAACGGCGCUGCGCAAGCGAGAUGUGCAGGUUGCUGAGUUGACGAACGAGGUCGAACGACUGCGGCAGUACCUCGUACAACACCCGCCACACCCGUCUACAACAGACCCGAUCCCCUUACCGCCCAGUAUUGUGUCACUCCUCCUACCUCAUCUCCCAAAAGCCCUAGGCUCUGGUGGGACGACCGGUCCGGCCAAUUCGAGUACGGUGAAUACGGCACUGACACAUCGUAUACGGGUCCUUCAGGAAGAGAAUGACGAGUUGUAUGAGAUAUUGAGGUGUGGGGAGACGGGAAAGCUCAAGGAGGAAACCAAGGGUCUUAGACAUGUCGUUGGAAGACUCGAGAGUGCACUGCGAGAAUCACACCAGGUCAUCACGACGUUAUCAACUGAACUCGACAAAUCAUACUCAAGUUUCCAAUCGUCGUUCAAACCGAAGCAUCACGCCAACGCACACUCUCAGCCCUAUACCGCGCCGCCUCGCGACUCGUUUUGCCAACCACGACACUACUCGCAUUUGCAACAUACACCCCAGCACCCGACCCCAGGUCAGCCCGCCAGCAAUGGCCUUUCAAGGCCUCCACCCACCGGGCCUCGCGCGCACAAGAAACCUCGCCUUGCACCGGAUUAUAACGUCAAAAUGUCUCCUGCGCACUCCAACGCAUCUUUGCCCCCACUUCCAAACUCUUCGAAGCAUCCACAGGUUCAAACACAGCCACAGCAGCCGCAAAUAAAAGACGAGUCCUCUCGUUCACCUUGUAUACCACCUGCCGACAUGCGCCUGAAGGGAAAUGCGAAAAUGGAGAUCGAAGAAGAUUCCAGGGCAAGGCCACGUUCUCCGCAAGAACACGAUCGUGAGCGGCAUCGGGACAAGGACUGGGCAAGAGACAGGGAUUGGGAGAGAGAAAGGGGGAGAGAGCGCGAGCGAGGCCGUGACAGGGAGAGGGAGCGCGACCGAGAACGAUUCUCCAAACGAAACGGGUCAGAGGGUAGGGGAACGGGAGGGAGGGGAAGGAACCGAGUGGCACUCAGCCAUCCGUAUUUGAGUGGAGAUCGGACGUUGGCGGAAAGAAUGGGACUCUGAGAGACUUUUGCUUGCUUCUUUCACCUCUAUUCGACUGACUCGUACAAGGAAUGCUUAAUGGAGCGCCGACGGUAUGCACCUGUGUGCCCCGUAUCCUCCCGGUCAAUUGA